ACCCGAGGAAGAAACAGGACCCAACCCUGAGCGUCCACACCCAACCGUAUCCCCAACCCAUUCCCCAGGACCCAGGACCGCCCCGAUGAAUCUGCUGUGCUGCUGUUGUUGCAGUAACAUGGCACCAAACCAGCGCGUCACACGCAAAUGGGAACUGUUUGCCGGACGCAAUAAAUUCUACUGCGAUGGAUUGCUAAUGUCCGCACCCCACACGGGCGUCUUCUACUUGACGUGCAUCCUGAUCACCGGCACCAGUGCGCUCUUCUUUGCCUUUGACUGCCCAUUCCUGGCGGAGCGCAUCAAUCCGGUCAUUCCCAUUGUGGGAGCGGUUCUCUACUUCUUCACGAUGAGCUCCUUGCUGCGCACAACCUUCACGGAUCCGGGCGUCAUACCGCGAGCCUCAAAUGAUGAGGCCGCCUAUAUCGAAAAGCAAAUUGAGGUGCCAAACUCGUUGAACAGCCCCACAUAUCGACCGCCACCGAGGACCAAGGAGGUCCUCGUCAAAGGACAGACGGUCAAGCUGAAAUACUGCUUCACCUGCAAAAUCUUCCGGCCGCCGAGGGCCUCGCACUGCAGCUUGUGCGACAACUGCGUGGACCGAUUCGAUCACCACUGUCCCUGGGUGGGAAACUGCGUGGGAAAGCGGAACUAUCGGUUCUUUUAUUUGUUUCUAGUCUCAUUGGCAUUUUUAGCUGUAUUUAUAUUCUCGUGCUCUGUGACGCAUUUAGUUUUAUUAAUGAAAACCGAGCAGGAGGUCUUCGAAGUAAUCAAGAAGGCGCCCUUCACUGUGAUUGUUGUGUUUAUUUGCUUCUUCUCGAUAUGGUCCGUGAUCGGCCUGGCCGGCUUCCACACCUAUCUGACGACGAGCGAUCAGACAACCAACGAGGAUCUCAAGGGAUCCUUCUCCUCCAAAGGUGGACCCCGCACCCAAAAUCCCUAUUCGCGGGGCAACAUCUGCCUGAACUGCUGUCACAUACUGUGCGGACCCAUGACGCCCUCGCUGAUCGACAGACGCGGCAUCGCCACCGACGAGUUCAUCCAGCAGAUGCAGCACCAGUCGAGUCCCCGGCAUGCCCUGAGCGACGUGCUGAGUGCCUCGCACAUGGUCACCACCUCGCAGCCCAUGAUGGGCGGAGGUGCGGGCGGGAUCGGGGGUGCCGGCGGAGGCAUCAGCAUAGGGGGCGCAGAGCUGAAGCCGCGCUUCUACGACGAGUCCAAUCCCUCCUCCUCGACAAUGGAGGGCAAUGGAGGUGCCGCCAACGGCCAUGGGAACGGCUUCGAGCAUCCGCCGCCCAGCUACGACCUCGUCCAAAACGGUAAUUCCAAUAGUCUAGCUCAGCUGGUGGACAACGAGAUCCCCCUGGCCCAGAUGGACAUUCCGGCUUACACCCAGCAAACGGCCACCCAGGCGCGCCAGUACCGCCACCAUCGCCACCACAAACAGCGCCAGGAGCAGAGCUACGAGAACCAGCUGGUCACGACCAGCAGCGAGGACGAGCUGGACGACCCGGACGUGGUUGUGGUGGGCAGUCCGGAAGUGGUGGCCGCCGUGGCCGCCAUUGCCUCCAGCAAGGCCCGCGAAAUGCGUAACCGCAGCGGAAGCUAUAGCAACCUCUUCGAUGCGGACUUCGAGGCGGCGCUGGUCAACAGCAGUGCCCCAGUGGCCGGAGACGGAGCAACCACCUCCAACGGCAAACCCUCCGCCGGUGCAGCUUUGCUGGCGGCGGCCAUGUCCGGAAAAACGGAGAGCAUGUACAUCAAUGUGCCGGCCCCUCCCGCAGAUGCUAAUCUCCAUGUCUACUCCAACGUCAUUGACGAACGACAACAGCAGCAGAAUCAACAGCGGGAUCCGGCUAACAAUGUCCUGUCGUCCACGCUGCUCUGCGACGAUCUCGACCUGGACGAUCCGGUGAGCGCCUCCUUCGUGGCCUCCGCCCACACCCAGCGGAAGUCGCACGGCGACGGAGCCGAGCAGGUGAAGUCGGCGGAGAGGCUGCGAAUGCUGCACGACACCACCAUGAUAGACACCGCGCUGGACCUGGACAGCCUGGACGGGUCUAGCAUGGGCAACAACUCGCAGUCGUGCCUGGUGAAGGGCGGCAAGCCGGGGUCCACAUCCUCGAACCUACCCAUAGUCUGAGCGGUCCUGUACAUAUGUAGGUGUAGAUAUAAAUGUAAUCCCUUGGAGCCAGAGUAGCGUAGUGUUUUUAAUCUCCCCGGACUGUUUUUACCCGAUUCCGUUUUAUUUCCGUGCGACGAGGAGGUGGAUCGGGGUGGUAAACCUAUCAGCAGGCAGAUAAAAUAUUACCUUAACGCGUUGCGCAUUCAAAUCAGAUAUAAAGAUAUAAAAAUAUAAAUAUAUAUAUAUAUGUAGAUGGUAAUAACUAAAGCAUUUACGUAUAUAUGUGUACACAUGUAUUAUACAAAUGUGGUGAACAAUGUUAACAAUUUAAUGGCAUUAAAUCGAGGACAAAAUAUAAAAUUAAUAGAGAGGCAGGUGGAGAAGCGAAGCGACAAAUACUAUGAGGAGGAGAAACUGUUUAUACAAGACACACGGGCGACGCGAACAUAUAGAUAAGUUAUAAGUUGUAUGGUUAGUUAUAGUGUAUAAUUUUUGUAUUUAAGUUUUUACAACAGCGAAACGUGUGUUCCGUUUCCGUUGUUCAGAGUUUAAUGUAACAGUUCGCAAUGAAACAAAGAGAAGCCAACUAGAAAUAUCCUGCAAUAUACGUGAAGUUGAAAAUGGAAAAAAUAAUUGAAUUAGGCAAAUGCUAAUUGAACGGAAAUGUUAACAGCAUACGAGUUAAAGGAAAGCAACAAUGUGGUGUAUUAAAUGUUCAUAAAUCUAACGUUAAGUGUAUUUUCAAGGUGUAAAAUGUUAUAUGACAUCAAUUAAAACGAGUUCGAGAUUUCAACAAGCUCCAAUUGCAUGCAAAGAGCAAAAAUGUUAAGCGUAUGUUAUGCGAAACUAACAAAACUACAAUUAUACAAAGAAUAAAGAUUUAUAAAUAGAGACGCAA